AAAUAACUUUCAAAAUCCUCAGUUCGUGGGGAAAACAGCAUUCGAAGUAUGCACACGCAAUUCUAAUACACAGCAGAGAUUCUUGGGAUUCUCAAAUUUGGCGUGUUAAAGUUUUUCUUUUUCUUUAUAUCAAGAAUUAAAAUCUGAUCAGCGGAGUUGCUUUGUUUGUUUUUAUUUCAAAGCAAACAAAGAGAAGAAAAAGAAGAAGAAAAUUAUAAACUCAUUUUCGUUUUGGGAGAUGCCCAGAUCAUUUUUACUGAGACGAAAUUCUGAUCCUGAGAAUAUGACGGUUGAUGACAUGCAGGAAACAUACCAAGAAGCUGAAGAAAGUGCUGUGUAUAUUACGGAUCAUUUGUACUCCUUGCGGGCAGUUGACGAUUCUUGGACCCGUAAAACAUCCGAUCAAGCAAAGGAGUGGCCAAACAAACUAGAUACACUCUUGGCUGCGGCGCAACUUUUAAAGCUAAAGGAGAGUGGCCAUAACAGGAAUGUUCGAAAUGACUCAUCAAGCUCAUCGUCAGAAGGUGACAUGCCUAACUAUGACAAAUGGACUGGGCAAAUGAGACAAAACAACAUGCCAAAUAUGGAUCUACCGAGUCCAACAGACUCUGAGGGAACCAUUGAUUCCUUAGAAGACAACAUAUCAACUUUGCAACCAAAAUACCAAUGUAAUCAAUGCCAUAAAGUUUUUAAAACUAAGUACACACUUACUAUUCAUCAACGCAUGCCUGAUCAUACUAAAACAAGACCAUUUGUUUGUAGCGUGUGUGGAAAGGGCUUUAGGCUCUCCAGCACAUUAUGCAGACAUAAAAUCAUUCACACCGCUGAGAAGCCUCAUAAGUGUGAGUUUUGCCACAAAGCUUUCAAUCGUUCGUCAACACUGAAGACGCACAUGAAGAUACACAACAACGAGAAAGAUUUUGUAUGUGAUGUGUGUGGGAAAGGUUUUCAUCAGAAAGGCAACCUCAGAAAUCACAUGCUCGUUCACACCGGAGAGAAACCGCAUAAUUGUACGGAAUGUGGAAAGACUUUCAGUAAACUAUCCAACCUAAAGUUUCACAUGCAUUCUCACAACGAUUCUUGACCAUUAAUUAUCACCCUCUUCCAUACUUGGACCUUUCUAGCAAACUUUGUUAAAAACGAAUUAAAUAACUGUUUUUUAUUUUAUGUAAUUCGGCAAUGCCAAGAAUUAACUAGAAUAUUUAUUAUGAUAUUUUUCUAUUAAUUAAAGAAGACGGCAUUUACAAGAAAAAGCUACACUUAAAAAUAUCACUUCGAAGUAAUUUUUUUUCUAGUUCACAAUCGCCUGAGAUUUGGCAUUACACCUUUUGUUCUUAGCAGAUAUGAUUCGUCGCU